AUGGUUGGGCCGACCGCCUCCCUUACUCCUCUUACCCGCGCCGACGGAUCGGCAUCCUACAAAUGUCCUUCGACGGGGUUCGACGUCCUAGGUUCCGUAAAUGCUCCUGUCGAGCUGCCUGGUCGCCGUGAUGCAUUGAAGCCUGAAGAGGCGACUAUCGAAGUUUUUAUGAAGCCUGGGACCACUCCUGGUGGUGUCGGUGAAAGAUAUGUCGAGGGAAUCCUGAAAACUAUGCUGGGAAGGUUGAUUCUGGGACGAGAGAAGGGAUAUCCUCGCCGAGGCGUUGUCCUUACAUUGGCGAUAGUGGGUGGUGAGAGUGUCUGUCGGGGAGAUUCGUAUCUGACUCUUCUUCCUGCCCUUCUCCAUGCUUCGCUUCUGGCUCUAAUCUCGGCUUCUGUUCCCCUAUCGAUGACCUUUACUGCAUCUAUCCUGGCAGUCACGUCGUCAGGGGAUAUUAUCCGACAGCCUUCUGUUAGCCAAGCGGCAACCGCGAAAUCUCUUCACGUUCUGGCAUUCUCCAGCAAGGGCCACCUACUUCUCAAUGAAAGCCAGGGAACAUUCGACUUCGCUACUUGGGAAAGAGUUCAUCAGCAUGCCUCCGCAAUCUGUCGCGGCACAUUGGCCGGCAGUGCCGAUGGCGAUGUCAGUAUGGAGGGAGAGGGAGGUGAACAAGGGUUGGAGAAAUUUAUGCGGGAGACUAUUGAGGACAAGGUCUACCAGGAUUAUGCUUGGAAGAUUGAUGCGGCGUGA